AUGUAUGGUACCAUGUCAGGUUAUGGCAUACCGCAGGACAUACUGACGUGGGAACUGGCUAGGGCAGUCAUAUUUGGUAUACCAGAGGACAGUGAAGAAGAUACCAAAGAUCUAUGGAAUGGUGAAGUUCAGGAGGUUUUAAACAAAGUACCAGGGCAUGAUAUGCUGGUAAUAUUGGGAGAUAUGAAUGCUAAAGUAGGUAAAGAAAUAGCAGCUUUUAUGGGAACUAUAGGCACACAUAGCUUACAUGAAAAUAGUAAUGACAAUGGGAUUAGACUGGCAACACUAGCCACAGAAUACAAUUUAUUAGUAGGAGGCACUCUGUUCCCACACAAAGAAAAACAUAAGGGCACUUGGCUUUCACCUGAUGGAAAUACAACCAAUCAAAUUGAUCACAUUUUAGUCAAAAGGAAAUUUAAAUCAGCGCUGAUGGAUGUGAGAGCAUACCGGGGAGCAUAUUGUGAUUCAGAUCAUUACAUGGUGGCAGCAAAAAUAUGUAUAAAAUUAACAACAAAGAGAAAGAAUGGAGGGCAAACAGCUAAGAUAGAUAGUGAGAAACUGAAGGAAGAAGAAACAAGAUUGCAAUAUCAGGUUGAAGUAGAGAACAGAUUUGCAGCAUUAGAGGUGGAUGAUGAUGUAAGUUGGAACCAGUUAAAACCUAUAUUGUUGGAAGCAACAGAGAGAAGUGUUGGCAGGACGAGGCAAUGGAGAGGAGGGCGACGGUUUGAUGAGGAAUAUUUUAAGCAGGCAUAUGACAGUAUACAACGAGAGGCAUUGUGGAGGAUACUGAGAGAAUUCAGGAUACUGGAGAAGCUUGUACGCCUAACAAAAAUGUGUUACAGGAAUAUGAGAGGCAGAGUACGGAUUGGAGGGGAAGUAACAGGUUCUUUUGAAGUUGACAACAGUUUAAAGCAGGGAUGCACACUGUCUACGAUUCUCUUUAACCCAGUGCUGGAAUGGGUCAUGAGACAAACACCACAGGAUAAUGGAGUACAUCUUGGUGAGGCUAGGUGUGAUAGAUUAGCUUAUGCAGAUGAUAUUGACUUUUGUGGUGAAAACAUCCAGGAAAUCGAUAGAAAAAUAAGCGUUUUUAGAGAAGCUGCAAAUCAAGUUGGCCUGGAAAUAUAUAAGGCUAAAACCAAAAAUCUUGAAGGUUUCAAGGCAGGAGAGGAUACUGGGUAA